AAUAGAAAACGGCUCGGAAAGGCUACCGAACCGUAGCUCAGCGUUCCACGGGUUCUUCCUUCUCAAUAUCUGAUUGGCUGCAGGGGGGAUUCGCUCUUAAGGUCUAUCGGCAGCCGAUUCUCUCGAGAUCUUUCCCCCCCACCUCUCUGGCGCCGGUGGAUCUUAAAACAAGGUUGCUACUUCACGGUUUACGGCCCAGGGCGCUACAGCCGGGAGAGAUGAGUGAACUUCGGCCUCUAACUAAGGCCGAAGCGCAGAGCCUCGGGCCACCCGACUGGAAACAGGCUUGUCAUGCCCUUUUAUACGCGCCCAACCCCGGCCGGCUUUUUGGCAAGAUCCCCUUGCGUUUCGCAGUGUUGAUGCAGAUGAGGUUUGAUGGUCGGCUGGGAUUUCCAGGCGGGUUUGUGGAUCCCCGGGAUAUUUCCUUGGAAGAGGGACUAAAUCGAGAACUGUGUGAAGAGUUGGGACCUGGGGCUGCGUCCCUCCACCUGUCUGAGAAGGACUACUUGAGCUCCCAUGCUUCUGAUCAGCCACAGAGAGUGGUGAUGCAUUUCUAUGCCAAGCAGCUUAGCUUGGAAGAGUUCCGAAUGGUAGAGGAAGGGGCUAUUCAGGCAAAAGACCAUGGACUUGAGGUGAUGGGUCUCAUCCGCGUUCCCCUCUAUAUUCUGCGUGAUGGUGUUGGGGGCCUCCCAAUGUUCCUCAGCAAUACUUUUAUUGGCAAUGCCCGGGAGCAGCUCAUUCAUGCCUUGGACACUCUCCAACUCAUGCCAGCUGAACAACUUCAAAAGGCUGUCAGGAUCGCUCAAAAGAGACGUUGAGCCUCGUUGACUUUGGCUGCUGCCUGUUCACCCUGAUAGCCUUUGGGAUGUAAUCCUGAAAGAAUUUCAGACUUUAGGAACAGGCAGCUGCAAGGAGAAGAAACUUAGAUAUGGUCCUCACUCCAGUCUUCUACCCAGACAUUGUUGCUGGUGUUGCUGAAUGGCUUGGUGCAAGGGUUGGGAAUUUGAAUGUGGCUUCCAAUGAUCAGGUUGUUGCGUAUUUAAAACACGUUGAUUGUGUCUCUCUUGCCUAGAGGUAGGUAACAAGAAUUGAAAGUCUGAAGCCAUUUUGACUAUUCUUCUCUUCGUGGAACACAUUUGUGAUCUGCCUUCAUACAUCCUGCUUGUAGUCAUAAGAGUUCUUCCAAUCAAAAAACACCCUUGCAAAAAUUUGUCUCUGACCUACCUCAUCUUCUGUUUUCCAACAUUUACUCUAAAUGUAUUUUGUUAUUGAGAGCAUUCUGAAUUUCAUGGAAGUUGCGUUUACCUUCUCUGUAAAAGCCAACUGCAAAUAUCUGUUGAUCGAGCAUUACUUCAUUAUUUUAUUGUCAGAUUCCCUUUAUUUUUUAUCAGUGUUUAAAGAAUGGUUGUGACACUUUUGUGUGACUUUUGACUCAUACAUUUUUUAUUAGCUCAUAAGGAAAUGGCAAGUCACCACCGGAUACAUGUUUUCUGUCUCAUUCCCCUUCUCUUUUCCAAUUCUUAGGAUAUACUGACUUAGAUGUAGAAAUUAGGAAAAGUAGAAGUGUGCUGUCAUCCAAAUUAUUGUACUGCUUAUAUUGUUAUACAGGUAGUCCUUGAAUUAUGACCACUGUUGAACCCAAAAUUUCCGUUGCUAAGCAAAACAGUUACGUGAAUUUUGCCCCAUUUUUCAACCUUUCUUGCCAUGGUUAAGCGAAUCAUUUCAGUUAGUAACGUUGUUGUUAAGUAAAUCUGGCUUUGCCUGUCAAAAGGUCACAAAAGGUGAUCACAUGACCUUGGGACGCUGCAACAGUCAUAAAUACAAGCCAGUUAAAUGUCCUAAUUUUGAUCAUGUGACCACAAAGAUGCUGCAAUGAUCCUACGUGGAAAAACUUUCGUAAGUCACUUUUUUCAGUGCCUUUGUUACUUUGAAUGGUUACUAAAUGAAAAUCGAGGUCUAUCUGUAUUCAGAUUAGGAGUGUAAUUUAUUGCUUGGAAACAGUGAUACUGUUCAGAUUUCAAGGCACAGGCAUGAACGAGUGGAGAGAGCGAUUCGGUCACUGCUGAGUUCAGUAUUCCAUUAAAGACCAGAAUGGCAAAAGAACCUAGGAAGUGGAAAUGAUGUUUAUAUCCUGCAUGUACCAUCUAAUCAGUGGAACAUGGACAGCUAUAUCUUGGCUUUUUUGAAGUAGUCUUUAGAUUAGAAAUCCUACUUCACGCAGAACAGUAUGAGAUGCUUGGGGGUAAAACUGGGCUGAGGUGCUGUGGUGGUUAUGGUAUUGGAUUAGGAGCAAAGAUAACCAGUUUCUGGUUCACCUUCAGCCUCUGGUGGUUUAGAGCAGGGGUCUCCAACCUUGUCAACUUUAAGACUUGUGGACUCCAACUCCCAGAAUUCCUCAGCCAACAAAGCUGGCUGAGGAACUCUGGGAGUUGAAGUCCACAAGUCUUAAAGUUGACAAGGUUGGAGACCCUGGUUUACAGCCAGCCAUUUUCUCCCAGCUUGACCUACUUCACAAGGUGGUUGGAAAAACAGAGUAGAGAAUGUCACCAAAAUCCAAACUAAAAAAUGGGAUACAAGUAAAGUAAAUAUAAUUCAAAAUGGCUAAAUCUUAAAAGAACAAAAGGCAUUGUAUGAAGCAGAGUAUGAAGAUGGUUGAAGCAAUGAUAAUAAUUUGCAGAGAUAUGGUGAGGAAUAGCGAAUGGUGUUAGCAAACAUAAGAUAUAACUAUGUCUCCUCUUAACUUAAUUUCUUUUGUUUACCAUUUCUUAGUUCUUUGCUUUGCUUUGCAUAUUAUUACUGAACCUCAACAGGGAACAGUGUGAUGCAGUUAUUUAUGUAUGUAUUUGGAGAAAUCUUCAAACCAGGAUGGGAGUAUAUGAGAAAAGAUAUUUUGCUGUUCAGAGGCCAGCACCUUUAUCUGCUAUGAUGAGUGGAAAGAGUAAAUGAAACAGAAUUAACGGUACUGCAUGUUAGUCUAGUAUUGCAUAGACCGGGGGUCUCCAACCUUGGCAACUUUAAGCCUGGCAGACUUCAACUCCCAGAAUCCCCCAGCCAGUAUAGUUGCCAAGGUUGGAGACCCCUGGCAUAGACGCUGUGACUUCUUUACAGUUUAUACAAGAUUUUUCUUUUUAAAGGCUGCACAGCUUCAAAAUGUCUCAUUCUCUUUGCAGCUUAAAGAAUCAUGUACAUGUACAUGUGUUGGGUGGCUGUAUAAAUCAAAUGAAUGAAUAAAUCUUCAGUUAUCCCAGCUUUGCAGACACAUGAUCUUGAUGAUGAAUCUGGGUUUCUCUGUUGCAGCAUGCAGGCUACAUCUCCAGUGGCAAUGAAUUGGCUCUUUUCUACAAUGGCUUCUGUCCUGUGCAAUCAUGUCACAGUACAUCAUGCCAUUAAUCCAUCUAAUCUUGCAUUCUGUGUUACAUGGCUGGCUGGAUGCACUUGAGAGGCUCACAAGCUUGGACUGGAGAAUGAAAGUCCCUUCCACUGUCAAUUCCAACAACCAAUGUUGAUGGAUAGUGGCUGUGAUUUAGGAUCUGGUAAACAACCUGCAAUAUUAGUAGUUAUUGGUUCUCCAUGAACCUGUCCCUCAUUAAAACCAUCCAAACUGACUGCCAUUUCUGUGAUAAAAACCUAGAGACAUUAAUUAUCAACUGCAAACCAUACUAUUGGCCUCGUGAAUUUUUCUCAUUUAUUCUAAUUGCUGUUUAUGUCCCAUCACAAGCCUGUGUAAACAAGGCAUUACGAACUCUAGCUGACCAAAUUUUGGAGGCUGAAGCCAAAUACCCCAAUUCGCUGGCCAUUAUUUUGGGAGAUCUAAACAAGGCAAACUUAAGGAAAGAGCUACCAAAAUAC